AUGAUGCGCUACGUUCUGUGUAUCCUCGCUCUCCUGCUCUCAUGUGUGUGUGUGUACGUCCUCGCUGAAGAAGUGCCUGCCGCCGAUCUUUCCGACCAAGUCCCUGAUACGGAGAGUGAGACGAAGAUUGUUCAUGGUUCUGGUGAUGGCGGUGAUAGAGGACCUCAGGAAAAAAGAGAAUGUGAAACAGGUGGUGAAGUAGGUGAGAAGAAUACUUGCGAAGCAAAAACCAUGGAAACGGAAGUAUCACGUACCUCUGCUGCGGCUGAAGCAAAAAAAGGAGUUCCUGGGGAACCUGGGGCAUCGUCACAAGAUGCACAUCAAGUAUCGCCACAGCAUGGAGGUGGUGGACAAGCUCCACAAGGUCCCAGAGGUGAAUCUGGAGGUCCUCCUUCUGCUCCUACUUCUCCUGCUUCUGCUCCUGCAGCUUCUCCACCGGGUAAGGAUGGUAAUAGUGUUGACUCUGGAAGUGAAGGUCAACCGGAAAGUAACGCCAUCCGUACAACAGGCGGAGCCGAAGCAACAACCUCAGCAGGUGACGCACAAGAGGCUUCUUCUUCUUCUACCAAUGCAAACGCAGGCAGUGCCAGUGGUUCUGACACUUCAACCGAGAAUGGAAGCAUAUCUGAGGAAAGUGAAUCAACAAGUAACCAAGAAGGUGAUGUGGGAAUUGCAGACACCACUACCACCACCACAACAACAACACUUCCUCCUGAAUCCACAAACAACAAGAAGGGUGAUGCAGACAGCAGCAGCAGUAUCAGCAGUUCUGUGUGGGUGCGUGUACCACUACUGAUUGUGGUUACACUGGCCUGUAUUCUUGUGUGCUGA